UUACCUUUUCUUCGAACAAAUACUAGCGAUGACGUGGGAACAAUCCCAUAGCUCUGGACGCGUUCAUUUUAACCUUUUUCCAAUUUUAUCGACAGCGCACAAAUACAAUCAAACUCGCCUUUUAUCGCAAAAGGGCGUGUGAUAUCUGUGUGCUCAGAUGAGAAACGACGAUUCGAGCCAUCAAACCAACAAUAUGGCUCAGCUGUUGACUCUUGUGUUUAGCGUUCAAUUGUUUUGUUUUCUUAUGAUUUUGUUGACUUGGCCAAAUUACUCGACCGCCGCUAACCGUUUCACAACGAACGAAGAUGGCGAAAUCAAUCAACUGAGAAACAGUGUUGUCACCAUGAAAGCCAAAAUAAGACUGAUUGAAUCGAAGUUGGAGGACAGAGACCAGCAAUAUGUGAAUCUGGAAAAAAAAGUGGCUCAUCUGGAACUUGCCCUACAGAAGGAAAAGGAUUCUUGCCCAAAGAGGUCGUGAUUCUCAUGGUGUAUACGUUGUUUCGAUCAAGAGCUAGAUACUUAAUUAAACCCUUUGAGUACAGCAAGUUUGAUCAACUAAUAUAUUUGUUAAAAAUUAUCUAAAUGUUGCUGAUGCGCUGAUUCAAAGAAUAAAGAAGAAAGAAGGACUUGCUAAACUUGUUGCCAACAUUCGCCGCAAGGGUAUCAAACCCUGUCGGACA